AUGGAUUCAACAGAUUUAUUUGAUAAUCAAAAUAUUAGAGAAGUUAGAAGGGGUCGUAAAAAAUCACAUGUCUGGGAUCAUUAUUUUAAAGAACCAUUGGGUAGUGAGCAUUACAUAGCUAGAUGUCAUUACUGUAAUCAAAACUGGUCUAAAGGAAAACCAGAAAUUUUGAAGCCACAUUUAGCAUUGUAUUGUAAAGAUGUUCCACUAUAUAUUAAAACAGAAUAUAUGGAAAUGCUGGCUGUUGAAACUACAUCUACUAAGCAUAGCGAACAUGCUUAUAUCACCUUGCCGAUCAUUUGCCGAUCAUAUUAUAUGUGA